UCGGUGCUGAUGACUUGAAACCACUUCUACUUCCGCUCGGGUCAGUGUACGACGUGCUGUCUACGCUUGUGAACUGCACACAUCAACAAGGAGAUAAACCAUUUCUCUCCAUAGCAGUUGCUUCUAUAAAUACCUCCACUGCUCGCUACUACCUACCAGAAUGAAUGUGGGUGUGGCACACAGUGAGGUGAACCCAAAUACUCGGGUCAUGAACAGUCGAGGGAUCUGGCUGACCUAUGCGCUUGGCGUUGGAAUACUUCACAUUGUGCUCUUGAGCAUACCCUUCUUCAGCGUGCCAGUGGUGUGGACUCUAACUAAUGUCAUACACAAUUUUGGAAUGUAUGUCUUUAUGCAUGCAGUAAAAGGCACACCUUUUGAGACCCCCGACCAAGGAAAAGCCAGACUUCUUACACAUUGGGAACAGCUUGACUACGGCGUGCAGUUCACGUCAUCUAGAAAGUUCUUCACCAUCUCCCCAAUCAUUCUAUACUUCCUGGCAAGUUUCUACACAAAGUAUGACACAGCACACUUCGUCAUAAACACUGCCUCACUUUUGAGCGUCCUGAUCCCCAAGCUGCCACAACUACACGGAGUGAGACUUUUCGGCAUCAAUAAGUAUUAAGUUAUUGUAAAUGCUGUGCCUCAUAGCGACAGAAGUUAAUUCCUGUGUAGUCUGUACCACUGAUGUGUGUACUAAGUCGUACAGUUUGUGUAAACAUCACUGUCGUCGUUUAGAUAUAUCAGGUUUAAGAUGAAAUGUAAUUUAAAAAAAUUAAAAAAAAAAACAUGAAUAGGUUUGUAGAUGACAGGAUGCUAUAUGCAUUACUAACUUAUGUGAAUAUUAUUUAAUGAUGUAUUUUUGGCCUGCAUACACCUGGGCUGGCCCAGGCGAUCAGUGAGGCUUUUGGUUGAGUUAAUUUUUUUCUGUCUUUGCCCUCAAUUUACAUGGCAACACAAUGAGCGUAUGAGACUGUUUCUAGCCACAAAGAUGUCCCAAAUGUAUUUUUCAAAGAUGUUUACUUCCUAAGGGGAGGAAUCUGUGGCUCAUUGUUUAUUGGUACACUCUCAUUUUGUAAAGGGUGUCAAACUUAUUCAUGCUGAGUGAAGAAUGGAAUCAUACUUAUGUGCAUGAUUUCCUUGGUUUGUGAAUCAUUUCUCAUUUGUAACUCAAUCAAAACAGGACAGGCUUUUUUCGUUGUAGUUUUUUUUUUGUGUCAAUGUUAUGUCCUGUAUGUUAAAGAAAAAGUCUUGUAUGUAGAAAUGAGACAAUUAUUGUUGUCAGGUUAAGUGUUUACUGAGGGAGGUCUACAAGCGUCUCUGUGAUAAACUUACAUCUAUGUGGCUGCUCUUCAGAUUAUGAAUUUUUGCUAUCAUCAAGGCAGCUAGUCAUGCUUUGUUUGGCCAUAGCUCAUAGUGCUCUUGAUAUUUCUUGUUCUUAAUCUUAUUAAAAUGUUUGUGCCCUCCAA